UUCAACAUAUCACAGAUUAAGAUUAAGAACGUUAACGAUGGGGGGAUAUUUACUCGAAUCUUUGCAGAAAACAUGCCGUCGCCGCCAUCCUCGCCGAGCAUAGUAGGUGAACAGGAGGUCGGCGUGGAGGCGCUCAUGGAACGUAUGAAACGCCUUUCCGAGAAGUCGGAAUCGUACCAGAUCACGCAAGAAGAACUGUCCAAGAGAUUCGAGACCGUGGAGACCCAGUCCGCCGAGUUGGCAGCCGCGCCCCAGAGGAGUAGUUCGGUCCUCGACUCAGACAUCGGUCAUUUCAUCGAGGAUCCUACGUUCAUCUAUCAGGAUUUCGCCAAGCGUGGCCAAUUGAGCGACAUACCCACGUUCCGCGUGCAAGACUACUCAUGGGACGAUCAUGGUUAUUCAUUGGUGAAUCGUCUCUACAACGACGUCGGUAAUCUGCUCGACGACAAAUUCAAAACGGCGUACAAUCUCACCUAUUACACGAUGGGCACGCACAGCAAGGUGGACACGUCCCGUUUCAGACGGGCGAUCUGGAAUUACAUUCAGUGCAUGUUCGGUAUCAGGCACGACGAUUACGAUUACAACGAGGUUAACCAGCUCCUCGAGCGCAGCCUGAAGACGUUCAUCAAGAGCGCCGUUUGUUACCCUGAACGCGUGACCAAAAGGGAUUACGAUCGCGUGAUGAGGGAAUUCAAGCACAGCGAGAAGGUCCACGUGAACCUGAUGAUCCUGGAGGCACGAAUGCAAGCCGAGCUACUGUACGCGCUUCGCGCCGUGAUGCGAUAUAUGACCUAAGCGAAGUAUCGUCGCCUAAGCUCCUUCAUCUACUUGCUGUCUGUCAGUUUGUCGUCGGUUUAUUUUAUCGUGUAACUCGCGCCACGGAUAUUCACGCGAGUCGUCUUUGCGGACUCUGCACACGGCACAGAAAGGAACGAGCGAACGCGACACCGAUUCUCACUUCAGUAUAUAAAAGAAUGUAUCUUCACCACACGUACCCAUCAUCUACACACAAUUGUCUUUAUCCAUCCAUAAGAGGAGAGAGGAGUUCACGUUAUGAUGUAUACUCACACGUACACGCGUACGCGUAUGUAAUAAAACAAACAUAUACACAAUACACACACACACGCACACGCGCGCACACACACACACACACACACACACACACACACACACACGUGUAGAGAAAGAGAGGGAAAAGCGGCCCAAACUCGAGUGUCCAUUGUGAAGGAUCGUUGCAGAGUGUCCGCCGUUUGCUCGUAACUUUAAACGACCGA